AUGUUGGCCAGCACGGCUCCAUUGCCCUUGCCGCCUGGGGCUCGGAUUGGGUGCCGCCUGCGGUCGCCUGCACACGCUUGCGGACAUACGUAUUGCUUUUCAUGCAGUGAGGGAAGCGUCUGUGCUGGUUGCGUCGAGGGCCGAAGGCAGCAGCGCCGGCAAAGAGUUCCGCUGCAAGCCCAGCCUCCGGAAGCACAGACGCUGCGUUUCGGCGUCGGGGACCGCGUCGAGUGCAACAUUGAUGGCUUUCAGACUGGGACAGUGGUGAAACUCAACUACCACGACCCCGGCUGGCCAGACGAGAGAACGGUACCCUACCAGGUGAGGUUGGACAGUGGUGUGACCAUAUUUGCCACCAAAGAUUGCGAUGAGUGCAUACGCAAAGCUGCAGGAAUACUGGCACGUGGGAAGAUCCCUGUGACUGUGCUGACUGGAUUCCUCGGCGCAGGGAAGACGACCCUGUUGAACUAUAUCUUGCGAACGCAGCAUGGGAAGAAGUACGCCGUCAUUGAGAACGAGUUUGGCGAUGCAGCCAUUGACGAGAUGCUCCUCGAUCAAGGCGUGGGCAAGCAGUCAACGAUGGAGUCUGUGACCGUGCUCGACAAUGGCUGCCUCUGCUGCACAUUGCGUGAUGACUUGGUGGCUGCCAUUCGCAAGAUCAUAUCAACUUUGGAGGAGCGCCUCGAUUCCGAUCCAGACGCGAUGCUCGACGGCAUUAUCAUCGAGACGACUGGCAUGGCGGAUCCUGGACCCGUCUGCAAGACCUUCGGGCUGGACCCCGUCGUGAACCGGUAUUGUGCAAUCGACGGAAUCAUCACAGUUGUGGAUGCAGCACAUUUCCUGAUGCAGCUGGCUCGCGAGCGCCCGGAAGGGGCUGUCAACGAGCCCGCCCAGCAGGUGGCCUUUGCCGACAAGGUGCUGUUGAACAAAGUCGAUGCAGUGAGCCGGGACAAGGCACAAGAGACAAUUACGGCGAUUCGAUCUAUCAAUGCCUUCGCUCCAGUGGUGGAGUGCAGCCUGUCUCUAAAGCCGGAUGCCGUUCCGGUGGAGGAGCUGGUGUCCAUAGAGUCUUUCGACUUGACCCGGCUGCUCACAGUGGAGAGUGAGCAAGGAGAGGUUGACCUGGCAGCGGUGCCAGAGUCGCAUUCGGGUCACGAGCACUCUCAUGACUCGCACUCCCACGGCUGUGAGGAUCCAAACUGCACGGAUCCUUCCCAUGGCGCCCAUCACAGUCACAGUCACGAUGCAGAUUGCUCGGACUCCUCGCAUGACCACCACGACCACCACGACCACCACGACGCCCACGACCAUACCCACGACAGCCACACCCACCACGACACCGACAUCGGAUCCAUGGUUCUGGAGCUGAAGGGUGCCCCGAUGGACAUCCCGCGCUUUAACCAUCUGCUGGACGAGCUGCUGGAGCGCAGCGUGGACCUCUAUCGCUACAAGGGCAUCCUGGCCUGUGCGCAGGGAGGCAAGGUGGUCCGCCUCGUCCUGCAAGGUGUGCACGACAUGCUGGAUCUCUCCUUCUCCGGUGAGUGGCCGUCAGAGCAGUGCCGGCUUUGUUGCAUUACUUGGCCCUUGGAUUGGGAGGGGCCCAGUAGUGAGGGCAGAAUCGACUUGCAGGUGGUCCUCAUUGGGAGAAAGCUCGACAAGACGGCACUGGAACAGCGCUUCCAGGAAUGUGCUCUGCUUCCAGAUGUGGAGGACGAUCCCAAGGAUCUCCGCAAUGUCGGCAACGUAGACGAAGCUCUGGACUCAUCGCAGGUCGUUGCCGACAGCUUGCUUGUGAAAUACAAGCUGGACGAUCGGACUCGCAAAUGGAGGAUCGAGGAGGAGGAAGAGAUAGCUGACGGGGCCUUGUUGUAUGGGAGAUUCUGCAUCGAUGGCAUUCCGCCUCGUCAGGGAGGAACGGUGGGAAAUACCUUGCGAAGAACGCUUUUGCGACAGGACUUGUUUAGAACCUAUGCAGCGGUGGCCUUCCGCUUGCGUUACCGAUCCUACAAUGUGGAUCAAGGGAAAAUCCACGUGUCCCGAGCGCAGCCGGCGCUCCACGAAUUCUCGUCUGUCCCGGGCGUGCAGGAGUCCAUGAUCGAUGUUGUGCGCAGUGUGCAACAGCUGACUGUUGCCAGAGCACCGUGGCAGGCGCCCUCGGACCUUCCGCUGUCUGCCAUGGCAUCUGAACAUCCAGGCGAACCCGACGUCUGGCGCUGGGCCACGCGUCGUUGCGGGCCGUGCCCUGUCAAGGCGCAAGAUCUGGACAUGGUUGACAGCUCUUCCUUCUACGAACAGCCCACCUACUUGCCAAUUGGGCAGCAGCACUUGCUGCAGAUUUCUGCCCCUGCAAUGAUCGAAUUCGAGGUUGAAGCUACGUGCGCCUCGCAGACGGAAUGGGAAAUCUCUGGGGCCUUCGAAGAGUACCGACAGCGCCUGCGCUCUGAUCGGUGGCUUCUGGUGCCUCCCCUGUUCUCGCCUGUGAAGAAGGUGAAUUACAUGGUCACGGCGAGCGACGACGACACGGAGUCGGUACAGCUGGAGGUGUGGACAACGAAGGCAGCCAGGCCCGCCGCCGGCCUCGUCUCCGUCCUCUCAGAGCGUCUGAGUCUAACUCAUCUCAGCCCAAAGAGGCCUCCUCUGAAGUUGCUCUCAUGGCGACGGUACUCAGCGGUGGCAGCUUGUGUGACAUGCUCGAUGAGCAUUGCGACCUCUCUGACAGCUGAUUCGGCGAGUGUCAAGGACCUGUCGUUCUCUGGCCAGUUUCGGCGGCGAGGAGUGGUUUGGGUUCCCCUGGCAUGCCCGUGGCCGGCGCUGGCCACGGAGCUCGAGGGUGCACGGGAGCGCGUGGCCGCGGUGGCUCAGAAGCUGGAAGAGCUGGCCAACACGGAGACCUUUGCCAAGGUGGCUGCCGGAGGAGGUGAUAACAUCAGGCGGGAGCUGGGGACCGUUGGAACGACCUCCCCCUUGUUCGACGCCGAGAAGGCUUUCAAGUCCUUGGCCGAGGAGGUGGAGGAUCCGGAGCUCUACUUUGAAACCUUGGAGAAGCUCAAAGAGGCCGUGAGCAACGCGGAUGCGGAUGCCUACUCGAGUAUUUUCUCCAUGAACUCUGCGGCUGCAACGCCGCCACAGGUUUACACGGAUCGAUCCUUCAAGGACUCCAACUUGCCCUCGAGCCUGGUUCGAACGUCGGCUGCCUCGCUUUUGGCAUCUUUGGUCGGGCGACGGCUGGAGGGAGAUGCCGAUGCUGAAGCGCUGCCCUCAGGCAUCGCGGGUUCCGCCGGUGAUGCCAGCGCAGACAAGGGGCAACUGACAGACCGUCUUGCUGAAGACGGUGAAGCCUAUGAUGAUGGCCAAGACGCCCUCGAUGAGCUGCUCAGCAGUGCCAGCCAAACGGAGGCGGGCAUUAGAGCCAGCGACGAUGACGAAGGCAUGCGAGCCCUGACCGAGGGUUUGUUCGAUCUGUGA